AUGAAUCGCCCAACAAAGCGACAGAAGAGAGAGAACCCUAAAUCUUGGCUUCACAGUCAUUCCUUGGCAUGUGUUGCUGAUGCUGAGGGGGGCAGCAGUGAACCCAUUCGCACUGAGGUUGCCUCCAACCACUCAAAGGAAGUAUUCUUGGAGCGACUCGAAAAAGAGAUAAUACGACCAUUCGACUUAUAUCGCGGCAAGACGGCACAUCGGAAUACGUUGAAGGACAACUCUCCAGCGACGGAAGAAGCUACAAGCAUUGAAGUGAACCGACCACCAUGGCCCAAGCAGAUCAUCAUUGGCACCAACCAGUGCACUCGUGCCUUGGAAAAGGCCAUGGCUGGUGAAGAGUUGGCGGUGAAGCCUGGCUUGGUGGUAUUGGCCCGGGAUAUCUAUCCACCCACCAUUCUCUCCCAUGUUCCAGUAAUGGCCAAGAAGAUCGCGCAGUCCAACGAUGGGAAAGGCGGCGGCUUGCCCAUUCUUCUCCUUCCAGGCAGGGCCUCCAAAGAGCUGGGCAAAGCCUUUGGACCCAAACAUGUUUCUAUUGUGGUAUUUCUGGACAACGAAGCACAGAGCCCCCAAAGCGGUAAGGACAAUGCUAAUGAGAAAAGCGAGGCUCAGGAGAGAAUCGCGUCCUUUGUCAAAUUUGUAAAGAAAAACCUGCUCUAG